UUUCAGAACUACCAAUCUAAAAAAAAUCUGCAGUCAGGUGAUGAAUUUUGUGUGACAGUUCUUGAUUUCAAUAAUUUUACCAAAAAAAUAAUUGUUUUCCACUAAGAUGGCCCUGCAAGCUGCUGUUAAGGGAAAACUAAUCAGCGUUAUUGGUGAUGAGGACACUUGUGUUGGAUUCCUCUUGGGAGGUAUUGGCGAAAUCAACAAGAACAGACACCCCAAUUUCAUGGUAGUUGACAAAAACACACCUGUCAGUGAAAUCGAGGACUGUUUCAAAAGGUUCACAAAGCGGGAUGAUAUUGAUAUCAUCCUCAUCAAUCAGAAUAUUGCGGAACUGAUCAGGCAUGUAAUAGAUGCACACGUAGCCCCAGUGCCAUCAGUGUUGGAGAUUCCCUCCAAGGACCACCCAUAUGAUGCAAGCAAGGACUCCAUUUUACGUCGUGCCAAGGGCAUGUUCAACCCAGAAGAUUUGGUACGCUAAAAGUGUUAAUGUUACUGCAUGGUGGUUCUGACCCUAAUCAGACGGCACAUAUAUUGCCUAAAUUAUGGAUACCGACUAACAUCUAAUUUAUUUUAAAAUUUGCAUUUAACAUUUGAUUCCCGUGUGCAAUUUUGUGAGCCCAUUUAAUUUUAUAUUAAAUUAAAAAACUAAAUUAAUAAACAUUCCACAAAGUAUUUUAUGAAAUAUAAUUUAUUCAUUUUUUAGUGCAAUGCCUAAGUAUUUUUUUCUUUUAAUCACAUUGUAUAAAUUGUUGAAAUUUUAAUAUAGUAUAUGGACAACUGAAAUGAGUUUUAUUUACAUCUUAAAGAGUGUGCAUGGCAUGGUGUGUAUUUUAUAUAUUUAUUAUGUAUCCAACAGUAUAUUUUAUUUAUCUAUCCAAAGUAUCUUUUCUUUUCAGUCUAUGUUUGGAGCUGAAAACUACUCUACAUAAUUACUUGUAAGCUUAAAUGUAUUGGUUAUAAAAUAAAAAUAUCAUAUAAUUAA